CCUUCUGCUAUUGUUUACUCCAGUCUAGCCGCUUUAAAAACACUUAUGACUUGAUCGCUACAUUGUUUUGCUUCAUCAACCUGUCAGUGUCGCUCAGACCCAGCAGAGACUCUUCUCACUUCACUCCCAGAUCUCGUGAUGGACAGACAGGCCCAAAUGUAUCCUUGAUCCUGUAAGUCAGCAGAGUGUGAGCCACUAAAAGAGAUGCUUUCCUGUCAUCGGUUGAUCCUCGCCUCGCUCCAGCUGUGCUUGGUGGUGGUGUUGUUGUUUUCAUUUACCGACAGCAGAAGUUUACACAAAUGCUCGCCGGGGAAACUGUGCUCGGAUCGACCGCCUGUGGUUUUGAUUCCAGGAGACCUUGGAAAUCAGCUGGAGGCGAAGCUGGAUAAACCGAGUGUGGUGCACUACAUCUGCUACAAGAAGACAGAGGAUUACUUCACGUUAUGGCUGAACCUGGAACUGCUGGUGCCGGUGGCCAUUGACUGCUGGAUUGAUAACAUGAGGUUACUGUACAAUCGGACCACUCACCUGACUGACGGUCCUCCAGGGGUGGAUGUCAGAGUGCCUGGGUUUGGCCAGACGUACAGUUUAGAGUAUCUGGAUCCAAGCAAACGGAGUGUUGGCAUAUACUUCUUCACUAUUGUGCAGGCACUUGUUGAUUGGGGAUAUACAAGAGAUGAUGACAUUCGAGGUGCUCCCUAUGACUGGCGUAAGGCCCCAAAUGAGAACAAGGAUUACUUCUUGAGUCUGCAGCAGAUGAUUGAGGAGAUGGCGAAUAAGGCCGGAGGCCCAGUGGUACUAAUUGCACACAGCAUGGGCAACAUGUAUACACUGUAUUUCCUUAAUCACCAACCACAGGCUUGGAAGGACCGGUACAUUAAGGCCUUUGUGUCUCUUGGGGCCCCAUGGGCUGGAGUGGGUAAAACGCUGAGAGUUAUGGCAACAGGCGAUAACAACCGCAUUCCUGUCAUAAGUCCUUUAAAAAUCCGCACCCAGCAGCGAACGGCCGUUUCCACCGUCUGGCUUUUCCCCUACGCCCACACCUGGCCCUCCGACAUGAUCCUGGUGUCCACCCCCAACAACACCUACACCGUCAAGGACUAUCAGCGCUUCUUCAAAGACAUUGAUUAUGAGGACGGCUGGGCCAUGAGGAAGGACACCGAACCGCUGGUCAAUGCACUGGAGCCUCGAGUGCCCGUUCACUGCCUUUAUGGGAGCGGCAUCCUUACACCUCAGGGCUACAAUUACACAAAAUUCCCAGAUGGAGAACCCACCGUCAUCAACGGGGAAGGAGAUGGAACGGUCAACCUGUUGAGCGCAUUACAAUGCAAACGCUGGAUGGGUCAACAGAAGCCACCCGUCCAUAUGUUGGAGCUGCCUGGGAAUGAGCAUGUUGCCAUGCUGUUGAACAUAACCACAGUUUCCUACAUCAAAUCUGUGCUGUUUUCACCUUGAUGGCAUCCAGCCUUCACAUUUUCCUAAGUAAUUUUGAACUGAACAUUCCAGAUGGCAAAGGGACAAGGCCCAGUUCUGCUUUUUAGUUGGAUGUUACUCAUCAUGAUCACUUCUGAAUUGUUCUUUAACAAUUUACGAUAAUUGGUUAAGUGGCGCAAACUAUUGUUGUGGAAUUUAGGUUUCUCAGGAUGACAUAGCAGUUUACUGUUGGGUUAAAAUGAUCUGAGAUUUUAACUUUAUAGAUUAAAAGCACAUCAUUUCCUGUUGUUGCAGCAAAAUAGCAAUGGCCUGCCAUUAAUCUGUCAACUACAUUUUUAUAAAUGGUAUAAGAUAGUUUCCGUUUUUAAUCUUUGGAGAUUUUCCUAUGGCCACAAGUUCAAAAAAAUCUACAAUUUAAUCUAGAGCUUUUCUAAAUGCUUUUUCCAAAGAGGUUACUCUAUAAAUUGUACUAACACUGCAGUAUUUCUGUGCUGUUUUUUGGUCUGUGACCAGUAUUGAUUUAUGAAAUUUUACUAUAUGAUGUUGAAUGUAGAAUGUGUAACAACUGCUAGACAUUUCGUUAUCAACCAGUUUGUGUCAUCAUGCCAUAGGCUAACCAAUGUUACAAGUGAACAAUCAUUUUUUUAUUUUUACAUGUACUGACUUCUUGAAUAUAUUGAAAAAUGGAUUGUGAAGCAAGCUAUUUUUUUGCCUUUUAAAUGUUAGUGCUAUAUAAAGGGUUGUGGGAAUUACACUGGAAGGUUAAAAU